AUGGCCGACAAGAACGUUACGCUUGGUCUGCAGACCCGUGAGGGAGAGCUCGUCUUUGGCGUUGCUCGUAUCUUCGCCUCUUUCAACGAUACUUUUGUCCACGUCACCGAUUUGACUGGCCGUGAGACCAUUGCCCGUGUCACCGGUGGUAUGAAGGUCAAGGCCGACCACGACGAGUCUUCUCCCUACGCCGCCAUGUUGGCUGCCCAGGACGUUGCCGUCAAGUGCAAGGAUGUUGGCAUCAACGCCCUUCAUUUCAAGAUCCGUGCCACUGGUGGUACUGGCCCCAAGACCCCUGGCCCUGGUGCUCAGGCAGCUCUCCGUGCUCUCGCCCGCUCGGGUCUCCGCAUUGGUCGCAUCGAGGACGUUACCCCCGUCCCCUCAGACUCUACUCGUCGCAAGGGUGGUCGCCGUGGUCGUCGUCUGUGA